GUUCUUCCCUUAGUCUUCUAACUUGCCUCCUGCGAUAGGGCAAAUAAAUUCUAGAGAAAAAAAGAAAAGAACAAACCAAAAGUGAGAAUGCUAAGGUUGCCACUCUCACUUCCUCUCACCCUUUAGCCCAGAACAUCUUUUAAUAUAGUACUUGCAGAAGGGCACCCGCCCGGAGACGAGAGGCUGGUCGGUGCCCCAGGGAGUCUGCUUUGCCAACGGCUACAGUUAGUUCAUAAUGCUUUCUCAUGGCCUCGGCUGGUUGCAGAAAAUGCCAGGAUGAUGCCUUCCUUCUGCCUGGCUGGGACACUGAUGAUGGCGUUGUUCUUCUCCUCCCUGAGACCUGAAAGUUUGGAUCCCUGUGUGGAGGUGGAUCCUAAUAUUAGUUACCAAUGCAUGGAUCAGAAUCUCCACAAAAUCCCAAACAACAUCCCCUCUUCAGUCAAGCAUUUGGAUCUGAGCUUCAACCCCCUGAAGAUCUUGGGAAGCCAUAGCUUCUCUAAUUUUCCAGAACUCAAGUUGCUGGAUUUAUCCAGGUGUGAAAUUGAGACAAUUGAAGACAAGGCAUAUCAGGAUUUACACCAGCUCACAACCUUGAUACUGACAGGAAACCCUAUCCAGAGUUUAUCCCGGGGAAGUUUUUCUGGACUAGCAAAUUUACAGAAUCUGGUGGCUGUGGAGAUCGAACUGGCUUCUCUAGACAACUUACCUAUUGGACACCUUAUAACUUUAAAGACACUCAAUGUGGCUCACAAUUUUAUACGUUCCUCCAAGCUACCUGAAUAUUUUUCUAAUCUGACCGACCUAGAUCACUUAGACCUUUCUAAUAACUAUAUCCAAACAAUUUACUACACAGACUUCCAGACUUUACGUGAAAAUCCCCAGCUCAAUCUCUCUUUAGAGCUGUCCUUAAACCCAAUUGACUUUAUUCAGCCUGGAGCCUUUCAAGGAGUUAGGCUCCAUGAGCUGACUCUAAGAAGUAAUUUUAAUAGCACAAAUGUAAUGAAAACUUGCAUUCAAAACCUGGAUGGUUUACAAGUGCAUCGACUGAUCUUGGGAGAAUUUAAAAAUGAAAGGAGGGUAGAAAGGCUUGACCGCUCUGUCAUGGAAGGACUGUGCAAGGUGACCAUUAAUGAAUUCCGGUUUACGUAUGCAGACGAGUUUUCGAAUGAUAUCACUGAUUUCGAGUGCUUGGCAAAUGUUUCUACAAUGUCUUUGGUAAAUGUGUAUUUAAGACAGCUAGAACACAUUCCUAAAUAUUUCAAAUGGGAAACCUUAACAGUCAUUAGAUGUGAGCUUAAGCACUUUCCACCUCUAGAAAACCCCUUUCUUAAAAGAUUGAUUUUUAUUACCAACAAAGGGGCUACCAGUUUUGCAGAAAUGAAUCUGCCAAGCCUCACAUUUCUAGAUCUCAGUAGAAAUGGUAUGAGCUUCAGGCGUUGCUGUUCUUACUCUGAUUUGGGAACAAGAAGCCUGAAACACUUAGACCUCAGCUUCAACGGUGUCAUCAGGAUAAAUGCAAACUUCAUGGGUUUAGAAGAGCUUGAAUAUUUGGAUUUUCAGCAUUCUACUUUAAAAAAGGCCACUGUAUUCUCAAUGUUCUUACCACUUGAAAAACUGCUUUAUCUUGACAUCUCUCAUACUAACACCAAAAUUGACUUCAAUGGCAUAUUUUUUGGCUUGACCAGUCUCAACACCUUAAAAAUGGCUGGUAAUUCUUUCAAAGAUAACACCCUUUCAAAUGUCUUUACAAACACUACAAACUUGACAUUCCUGGAUAUUUCUAACUGCCAAUUGCAGAAAGUAUCUUGGGGGGUGUUUGACACACUCCAUAGACUUGAGUUACUAAAUAUGAGUCACAACAAUCUACUGCUUUUGGAUUCAUUCCAUUAUAACCAGCUGCACUCCCUCAAGACUCUUGAUUGCAGUUUCAAUCACAUAGAGACAUCCAAAGGAAUGAUGCAACAUUUCCCAAAGAGUCUAGCCUUCCUAAAUCUUACUAAUAAUUCCAUUGCUUGUACAUGUGAACAUCAGAACUUCCUGCAGUGGGUCAAGGACCAGAGGCUGUUCUUAGUGAACACUGAACAAAUGAUGUGUGCAACACCUGUAGAGAUGAAGGGCUCCCUGGUAUUGGACUUUCGGAAUGCCACCUGUUACAUUCAGAAGACCAUCAUCGGUGCAUCAGUGGUCAGUGUGCUUGCAGUAUCCACUAUAGCGUUUCUGGUCUACAAAUUCUAUUUCCACCUGAUACUUAUUGCUGGUUGUAAGAAGUACAGCAGAGGUGAAAGCGUCUAUGAUGCCUUUGUCAUCUACUCCAGCCACGACGAGGACUGGGUGAGAAACGAGUUGGUAAAGAAUUUAGAAGAAGGGGUCCCCCCCUUUCAGCUGUGCCUCCACUACAGAGACUUUAUUCCUGGUGUGGCCAUUGCCGCCAACAUCAUCCAGGAAGGCUUCCACAAGAGCCGGAAGGUUAUUGUUGUGGUGUCUAGACACUUUAUCCAGAGCCGCUGGUGUAUCUUUGAAUAUGAGAUUGCUCAGACAUGGCAGUUUCUGAGCAGCCACUCUGGCAUCAUCUUCAUUGUCCUGGAGAAGGUGGAGAAGUCCCUGCUGAAGCAACAAGUGGAGCUGUAUCGCCUUCUCAGCAGGAAUACCUACCUCGAGUGGGAGGACAAUGCUCUGGGGAGGCACAUCUUCUGGAGAAGGCUCAAAAAAGCUCUGUUGGACGGAAGAGCCUGGGACCCAGAUGGAGUAGCCGAGACAGAAAACAACCAACAAGAAGCAACAACUUCCAUCUGAGGAGGACAAAACUCUGGGUCUAACACUCAUUAUGUUUACAAGUAUUAAAUGUUACAGCUCACCAUGGGUUCUGUUGUAGGCAAAGGUCCCAUGGUAUACAAGGUACCAUAAGGCUGGGAACCUAAUGGACCUUACAGAGCAGAAAGCGAUAGUACUAUGACGAAAUUCCAUACCUUCCUAGUAUGUUCUUUCACCAACUCAAGCAAAGAAUCACAAUCAAGAAAGUCAGCUCCUACUGUAUCAAAAGGAGAAGAGUAUAAGCCUCAGUGAAAGCAAAAAGGAGCAUUAGUGAACCCUCGGCCCUUUGAGUAUAUAAAAUAUAUCAUGUACUGUGCUUCAACUUACAACUGAACUGAAUGUUUGCUCACUUUCCCUUUUUACUACUUAAUGCAAUUUAAAUUCCACUGGCUCUCUCUGAGUGCCUGAUUCAAAGUUCUUGUUCCAUUAUAUGUCAUUUUCUUUUGUACCUAUUUCUUCAGGAAACCUGAUUAAUACAUGCUCACAGACAUCCUGGCCAAUACUUAGUAUGCUGUAUUUAUUAAUAAAAAUUUCUAAUAUACUUUUAUUUUUAUAAAUUCAGUUAUCAUUUUCAUGCCGUCUCUAUAUACUCACAUCAUAAAUAAGACUGUUAGAGAUAUGGUAGGAAUGUCCAUAUUUAACUACAAUUUUUCAAGCAAGUGUGCAAAAUAUAUUGUCACUUUGUCACUGAGUGUCAUUCUUAAAUUAUUACCUACUAAGUUAUGGAUGUCACAGAGGCAGUGUUAAAAAUAAUUUCGUUGAUAGGAUAUUUUUAAUCGAGGAAGUAAAACAGAGAGGAAUGCAUGAACAGAAAUCAGAUAACUUGUUCAUUUCUUCUUGAUAAUUCCAGACCAUAGAUGCUCACAUAGCUCAAUGACAACACAACAUGUGCAGCAAUUAAUGUUCCUUUUCAGCAAGGAUUGUUGCUGGCCUAGAAGAUCCCUUCAGGGAGUCAUGGAGAUCUGAGAAACUUUCCUUUUAUCCUUCCCAUUGCUGGACAUGCUUUGAGGGAUGAGUGGACAUUGGGAAUACACAUGGCUGCUUCUUGUUAGGUAUCACAAUGUCCUGAUGACAUUUAGGGAGGGGAGAUUUUAUCAUUAAGAAACCAGGGCAUUCAAAGGGCUUUUCAGAAAAGUGCAUUUUAAUGGCACAUUCCAAGAAAGGACAGUGAAGAUAUUCUUAGGCAACUGCAGCAUUAAAAACACAAUGAGCUUUCCCCUUAUUCUGGUCAGCAUGACCACUACUUGUAUCAAGGCUGUGUGUGUGUGUCUGUGUGUGUGUGUCUGUGUGUGUGUUUCUGUGUGUAUGUGUGUCUUCACAUAGCACUUCUAAAUUGUUGGUGGAUGUAAAAAAACUGUUGAGUCAUUAAAGAAAACUGCAGGUUUCUUGAUAAAGGAACGGAAAAUAGAACUGUUGUAAUAUCUAGCAAUAAAGAUUUCAAAAAGAAACAAA